AUGUACGGCACUGAAUAUCAAGUAAGUUCGUUCGUUGGCACUGUUUUCAAAAGAAAUAUCCACAACUAUGAAGCUCCCUGUGUUGUCUGCUUUGUCAAGUCGCGUGGCUCAAUGCUAAUGAUGCCCGCCAGGAAUGACUGUCCGUCUGGAUGGACCGAAGAAUAUCAUGGGUACCUGAUGACUGAAUAUGCCAGUCAUUACCAUUCAAGAGAUUUUAUCUGCCUUUAUGGAGACCCAGAAUAUGUUCCUGGUAGCCAAGCAAACAGAAAUGGUGCUUUGCUGUACCCUGUGGAGGGUAGAUGCGGCUCGCUACCGUGUCUUCCUUACGUUGAAGGUCGAGAGUUGACAUGCGCUGUGUGCACCAAGUGA